AUGGGUUAUCGCUCUACACCGAUCGCAGCUACAGGUGCAAGUCCGGCACAGCUCAUGACUGGUAGACAAAUCCGUACCACUGUUCCUGUCCUGGAAGAGGCAUUGCUGCCACGUCCAUUCAACCCGGACCAUGUUUACAUGAAGGACGCAAUGGCUAAGGGUUCGUACAGGUUCUUCUAUGACCGCAGGCAUUCAGCUCGCGCGCUCCCUGAACUUCGCCCUGGCCAGCCUGUUAGAGUGAAGCUCGAUGGGGAGAAAGGAUGGACAACACCUGCCAGGGUCAUCAGUUUAUCCAAAGAGCCGAGAUCCUACCUUGUGGAGAUGGCGAAUGGAAACGUGACCCGUCGGAACAGGCGUCAUCUCCAGUCUGUUCCUGAGGCCGAACCUCCUGCAGAGCACCCUUGUGCCCAGCCUACAGCAUCGCUGCAGGACAGCGGGUUCCCACUGACGGAUGUGACUGUGCCACCUGAACCACCAGCUAGCCAGAUGCCAGUGGGCCCUUCCAGUGCGUCUCCCCUUGCACCAUCUACACCCGUGAGGACGACUUCCAGAGGCCGUGAGAUAAGGGUGCCUCUAAGAUUUAAAGACUGA